CUUUUUUAUGUUUCAAGUAAAAAAUGAAAAACAUAUAAUCAUGAUUAAUUGAAGUAAUUGAGAUUAUUUGUUUUAAUAGGUACGCUAUUUAUCUUUCGCUCCUGCUAAGCUUUCAAAUGCAUAACCAACCUAACGUUGCUAGAUGUAUGUUUAAAUUCCACCUGAAGCCACUAGUACAAAAUAUAUCAUGAGAGAUUUGCAACAAAAAAAAGUUAGUUAGUGAGCUGUCUUUACUCUUCACAGGUAAACUCAUCGGUGAAAUACCAGAUGUCAUUGCAAGUGGUGGCAUACUUCAAACAGGAGGAGAUUUAACAGAGGAAGAAAGGGAAAGAAAUAAAGAAAUGGAAACAACUAAGGAAAGAAGGGAAACGACGGAAGAAGAGAGGGAAACAACUGCAGUAGGAAAGAAAAAAACAAAAGAAGCUGAGAAAGGGAUUGGUAACUCUGAGAAAAUACAAGUAAGCCUCAAAUGGGAAGAAGGGACUAAAUUAAUCCAAAGUGCAUCACAUCAAGACCCGGUGAAGACAGAUCAAGCAACAACAGAGUCAAUGGGAAACAUCGUUGAACUAACAGAAGGAGGAAAUAAAACAACUUUAGGUGAGGAUGAACAAACAAAAUCGUCUUACAAGAGAACGAGAGAAGAAGAGGAGAGGCCGACGAUUUCAAGAAGGGGAAUUAAAAAUGUUCAGCAAACCAAAAAAUCAAAGGAGAAAAUCAAAGAUGUCAAGGAAAGGCUGAUAAAAUCGCUGGAGGUAGGUAACGCGCCGGAGGAAGGAGCCAGACAUUUAAAGAGAUCCAAAGCGUCAAGGAAAACACCUGAAGAAUCCGAAGCGGGUACUAGCCCAUUAGGAAAGAUUAGAAAAGUUUUAUCGGACAGAAAAACUCAAACAGCGAAGAGACCUAAAAUAGUCAAAAAGAGAGCUAAAAAAUCAAGGAAGCAAACGAAACAAUCAGAAGCAAACCCUACAUCUGCUAUAAUGUUGCCUGAAGAUAUGAAGUCAGCACAAAAGGGAAACAACCUUGCAGCAGUUGAAGACAACGUUUGUGAGUUUCUUUCAGGUUACGCUAAAUGUUGUAUAUUCUCUUUGAAAUUUAAAUCCUUAUAUAACAAUAACGGCAAAUGGUGGGCGCAACUACUUGGUUUGGCAAAACUUAAAAAUCUCGUCUCAGAAGCAACGAGAACGAUGCGCUACGAAAUCUGGCAAUCUUUUCAGUGACAACCGUAUUACACAGAUAUUUAUUUAUAUUAUUUAUACAUGUUUUAAAACAAAAUUAUACCGAGUGAUCUUCUAAAGUGGAAAAGACAAACGUCUUUAAAAAUAACAACAUUUUUGGGGGUUAAAUAAAUGAAUAAAACAAUUUAAUGCACUGAAAAAUCGUUGGGUACAACACUAAUAAAUCAAUUUAUUUAAUUGCGUUCAAUGUUAAUGAGUUAUCACCAGAAAAUAAACAAAAUCAUUAACUCAUAUAGGGGUAUUCAUUGUAACACGUGACUAGAGAAGCGUUCACUUUUUUCUGUCCGGACUGAUGGGGUGAGAUACAUUAUUUCAUAUCCCUUGACCAAGAAAUGAAUCUCCGAUAUCCACAUUAAAUGACAUAUGUAUAUAUAUAAUAAGAGCUAUAAAAAUAGAUAGCACACGUUGUGAAACUCCCUCUAAUCUCGAGCUCUCUAGAUUCUAGAGCAAAUAGAAGUUUCUGGAACUAAAAUUUUUGUCAUUUUUGAAAAAUGCGUUUAUAAAAACUUCUAAAGUUAAUCAAUUAGGAUUGUCCAUAAAGGAAAGUAUAUUUCUCCAUGACUGAUCUAUUUGUUAGGAUCUAUGACUGACCUAUUUGUUAGGAUCUAUAACAUAUAUGUUUGUUAGAUAUAUAACUGAUCUAUAUGUUAGGCUCAUUAUGUGUGUUCAUCGAUGACUGACAUAUUUGUUAGGAUCUAUGACUGAUCUAUUUGAGAAAUUUCAAAAAAAAAAAUUAAUUAAUUUUAAAUAAAAUAACCACCAAUAUUUUAGUAAAAUGUUCAUUAGGGAGCACAAUCUCAAUAUAAAAAAAUCUUGUUGACGUCAAUCGAAUAAUUUAUAUUAGGCGGCCAACCACAUAUUUCGAAAGCAAAAAAAAUCCUAUAUUAGACCGCCCUCUUCCUUGAUGUAUCCUUCCUUUCUGGAAAACCCAAGUGCAAUGAGCUCUACCCACAGCACCAAAAAUAAGCAUUCAUAAUUUUACGUGAAAAAAGACAAAAUGAAGUCAAGUCUACGAAGUCCAGUGUCUCCUUAAUUGUAGCGUAAAGACCCCCCCCCCAACCCAUGGAUUAUAAAACAAUAAAUGGAACGGUGUAAAGAUAAUAGCGGUCUGCCAUAGACAUCACUUAAAGGGAUGAGUGGCAUUUACGGAAAACUGCAGUCAGCGGCUACAUUAUUUGAUCAUCCCGGGGUGAUUCGGGGGAGGGGGGGGGGAAGCACUAUCUGUGCCAAAGCUGUGGUAUAUUAGGAGUGCAUUGUUUUAAUUUGAAAAAGGCGGGGGUGGGGGGGGGGUGGGUGUGGUGUAAUGUCAAAACUUGUGGGGGGGGGGGGGGGGGGGAUUGGGGCCAUUCAACAUUUGAGGUGAUCAGGGUGUGCGACGGGUAACAAAAAAACAAAAAAAAACAAACAACUUGAGAAGCUCUGCCGUCAGCGUUGUAAUAUUGGUGUCACUUUGUUUCACAAGCGCAGCCGUUUGGUUCAGUCCAACACAAUGAUCACGUCACAUGUAACAUGACACAAAGCAGCAGUAUGCCACUUAACACAAGACACUGGUGAUUUCUUUUAAGACUUCAAAAACAAAUAUAAUGUAUUUCAUAGAUUUUCAGGGGACAUUUGACUCUAUUCGAAAUAUGACAGAGGGUCAGAUUUCAGGAUAACAGAUUUAAGGAUAAUAAUAAAUUUAUUAUUAAAAAAAUAUGAUAUUAUUAAAAUCUUUUACUUUGAGGAAUUUUGCACUGUAAAUGUCCGAAUGCGCCUGUGGACGUCAUCACACCAGGGGCUUGGGGUGGGGGAUGAUAAAUUACAAACGGACCAAUGUCAACUACGGGGGGGGGGGGGGUGGGGGUUGGGGUGAAUUGGGGAAAAAUGCCUAUUUCAUUCGGCAUCCUUUAUGGACAACAUCUUCACACAAUUUUAUGACCACCUCAUGUGACGCCAAUUACAAAUAAUAACAUGUUAUAUUACUAAGUUAUUUAUGUGUUUCGCAGGGCCCUAUGAAGAAGACGUUGUGUACGGACCAGAAGCUAACCUACAGGAACAUUACGACAACUGUCGCAAGAAUCCCAAACAUGAGCAGUUCACUCCGAUCACAUUAUUUGGGCCCCAGCAUCUUCCACCUCGCUACCAUAAGAAGUCAAUGUUUGAACUGGUCAAGACGCUAGGCGACCUGACGGUUAAACUAACUGUUACCAAUGUCAGUAGCAACAGACCGGAAACUUUUAAUGAGACACCUUAUCCACGUUUUAAAAAUCGUGGACAAAAGGGGUUCCUUUCGUAUGGCACGGGGCGUGUCGUUCAAGUGAAAAAAUACACAGUGACCGACGGUCAACCAUGUCCAUGUUUAAAUUGUAAAAAUUCAUCAGCUGUUCAAGAAUGGGCCCAAAUCAGGGUCGCAACGGCAACACACGUUGUGUUUGAUGAUGAAGAAGCACGACACACGCUUGUUCGAUGGGGCUAUGAUAGUGACACUUCCCAAGAAGUCUCAUUCCAUGGCACUAAAGCAGAGGCUGAUAUUGAAGGUGACGUUUGCCAUUUUUUCUCUGCGAUCCAUGACAUUUACUUCGCUGAUAAAUUGGCUGCUUCCAUUGAUAAGUACAAAAGGCUGAGCCAAAAAGUCUUUAAGAAAUAUGAAAGUACGACAAAAGAAGAAAAACUCGCCAUUAUAGUUUCACACCCUCACGGAUGUCCUAAGCAAGUUUCUGUUGGUCAGUGGACAAAAAGAACGGACAUCCAAAAACAGAAAUGGAUUACUGUGUAUGUUGACACUGACCAGGAGGACUCUGGUGACUCUAAUGAUACCAACUAUGAUGAUUCUUAUAGUUAUGAUGAUGACGGUACCCUUUUUGAUAACAAUGAUGAUGAUGAUGACAGUGAUGAUUAUGAUGCUAUCAAUAAUACUUACCUUACUAUUAAUCACUAUGGCCUCGCAGAUUUUGACCAAAAUGAUAACAAUGAUUCAGAUGAUAACAAUGAUUGGGAAGAUAAUAAUGAAUGGGAAGCGAACAAUGAUUGGGAAGAUAACAAUGAUUCGGAAGAUAACAAUGAUUCAGAUGAUAACAAUGAUUGGGAAGAUAAUAAUGAAUGGGAAGCGAACAAUGAUUGGGAAGAUAACAAUGAUUCGGAAGAUAACAAUGAUUCAGAUGAUAACAAUGUUUGGGAAGAUAACAAUGAUUGGGAAGAUAACAAUGAUUCAGAUGAAAACAAUGAUUGGGAAGAUAACAAUGAUUCAGAUGAUAACAAUGUUUGGGAAGAUAACAAUGAUUGGGAAGAUAACAAUGAUUCAGAUGAAAACAAUGAUUGGGAAGAUAACAACGAUUGGGAAGAUAAAAAUGAUUGGGAAGAUAACAAUGAUUGUUAUGAUGACAAUGAUAGUGAUGAUGACAAUGAUUGCGAUAGUGACAAUGAUUGUAAUGAUGAAAUUGAUCAUGAUGGUGACUACAAUGAUUAUGAUGAUGACGAUGAAUAUGAUGAUUAUGAUCCUAAUGAUUAUGAUGAUGACGACUAUACUGAAGGAAAAUACUGUCAAAGACUUGUCAACUCACACACCUGUUCAAAAUACAUCUACAAUGCCUGUACAUGUCCUGGAACCAGUGGGGCAACAGUGUUUUUGUUAGGUAGAGAUGACUGGACAACGGACCAUCUACACAGUCAGGGAACUGCAGAAGGUAACUGUAGUGGAUAUGCUUUUAAAAAUGAUCUCUGAUAGAACAUGUCGAACUACAAACACAAUCUCUGAUAGAACAUGUGGAACUACAAACACAAUCUCUGAUAGAACAUGACGAACUACAAACACAAUCUCUGAAUACUGUGAUGAAGAGUUCCUACUUAUAUGGAUUCGAGAUAAUUUUAUAAUUUCUAUAAAAAUAUAAUAACUGAUGGCAACUUUUCUUGUUUUAGUGAGAUUUGAUACCCGGUAUUGAAAUGCAGAUUUUUUAAAUAUUCAUACAACUCUCUAAUUUAAAAAAAAAAAAAAAAAUAAAAC